GCCAAGUGUUCUCAAGAACGUAAGGCAGCUUCCGAGCACCAUUGGUGACAUUAGGUGACCAUGACCGAGGAUGAAGGUAGACUAAAGAUGUCAUGGAGAUGUGCUGGAGGCACUUUCUAUGCGUUCAUCUCCAUAGCUUUCACCAUCUACUUGAUCGCACUGCUGAUUUCGAAGCCACUCUUCCCCCUCAAAUCAGACUCAGCAGAAUGGUCUUCGUCCUGGCUACUUUUGGCCGUGUUUGACUACUACCACAUGGCAGUGUGCUUUGUCGGCAUAGUGAUCGCCACGGAGAAUCGAAUAGCAGGUAUCAUUUGGUCCUUGCUGAUUCUGAUCCUGGGAGCUCCUUUUGGCUGCUUGUACACUGCCAAACAAAUUGGAAGUGCAGGUACACUGAAGUUGCGGGAAAACUACGUGGCUGUUCAAGCGAUUUACCAAGUAAGCAAGCCCGAAAGACCUUUGACCGGCUUUGUGGGUUACCUCGUUGCUGCAGGCUAUGUAGUGAUUGGAGGUGCUUUCGGUGCCAGACUUGUUUGGACUAUGAUGAACUACCCCUUGACUACCAUAGCCUCGGAUGAUGCUGAGUGGUCGUUUGAAUGGUUCAUCACCACGGUGCUUGACUACUACACCAUUGCAGCUUGCAUGAUCGGAGUUGUAGCAUCCACCGAUGACUUGUGCCCGGGCCUAGCAUGGUGUGCUGGAAUCUUGGUCAUCACUGGGCCAGCUGGCGGAGCGUGGAUGGCACAGAGACUGCUCAGAGAUAGGCCAUUAGCUCUGGAAGCAGCUUAAAGUUGACCAGAGCUUGACCAAAGCAUCCAAAGCUUUAUAGCCCCACGAAAACGAGCGUGGGGCUUGUGCCAUGAAGAGUAAAUGCAGCUACCUGCGUUUGGCAGGCUUCUCGGCAGCUCCAGUCCAACAACUCCAUCAUCGAAAAUUUGUGGAGUUCGGGCUGGACAUGUCGAGACGGAGUUGGUCACACAGGAUCAGCACCAAAGACGCAGCUGACUGUAAGCUUGUUCGCUG